CUAUGACGAAAAGAGUAGCAAUGAGUCGCGGUGAUUUUUUUACCUGCGCUUUAAAAGUAAAAUGUACAAUUACGACAGCAAUUUUCGCACUGACAUAGGCGGCUUAUACCUAAGUCAUUAUUCGCUUCAGCACAUUGUCGGGUAGUAUCGAUUGAAAGCUGUGAUUAACCGCGAUACUUUGAUGUCACAUGUAAAACAUUACAAUAUAAGAGUUAUGAGGAUGGAUAGCAACAAGUGUGAACGAAGGAUGUACAUGUUGUGGCUAUGUCUGAUUGCAGUGACACAGACCAUUUAUGCGGAAGUUAUAGUUGAGUCGGGUUCGGAAGUCAUUUUGGUAUGUCCCGUCGUUGGCAACUACACAUUCCCUGUCUGGACCGGACCUACUGGACUCUCCAAUCCCCUCACUUUCGGUCAGACGGUCAACCAGACCGGCUUCUCUUUUGUGAACGACACCGCCCUGAGAAUCUCUGCAGCCGAGACGCGCUUCAGCGGCGAUUAUCGUUGCAAGACCGAAAACGGCGGCGAAGGCAGUGUUACCUUGAAAGUUACAUCCUACAAUGUCACCAUAACGUUUGACAAUUUGAACAGCAACGGACAUUACCAGGGCACAUACGGAGAAAAUCUUACAGCCACGUGCGUCAUUUCCGGUGGUUACCCAGAACCGAAAGUGUAUUUCUUGGUUCCCAGUUUCUCUGCGUCUGGAGAGAGUGUGCUACGUGAUAAUUCAAACAAGACAACGACGGUGAAAACUUCGAUUAGGACUCAAGACAAUACGUUCAUAGUAAAUGCGUCAAUCACGUUCUCGAUAUCUGAUUAUCGUAACUAUGGAAACCUUACUUGUGUUGCCAACUUUUCUGAUGCCAAUAUUUCAAAGAGGAAGACAGUUUUUGUCGAUAUAUUAGUGCCACCUCAGGAAGUCACCAUGACCACCGAAAAUGAAGCGGUGUACCCGAGCACGCCGGCAGUCUUCCGGUGCGCCGUGAUGUCCGUCCCCGCCACAAAUAUCAGUUGGCAGUUAGAGGGCGCAGAUAUCAACACAUCCGGGUAUAACUACUCAAUCAAAUCCAAGUGUUCUGUCGACAGAGAGAUAACGUGCGAGUCCAACCUCACCAUUCACGACGUCAAACGUGAGGACCUCAAGACGGUAACGUGCAUAUUCAAGUACCAGCAGAUGACGGUGCAGAGGUCCGAGUCAUUGAGAACCAAAUUUUCCCCAACCAAUGUCACGGUCACCAAGUUGACCCUCCCUGUUGACAUAAGGUUCACACCUCAGAAGGUCACUCUAAACUGCUCAGUAGAUGAAAGUCGUCCGACAGCGCAAAUAGUCUGGAAACGCAUUUCCAUUUCAAGAACAACAAUUCUCAAUAGUACGUACAUCACACAAGCGAUUGACGGUAGAUACAACGCCUCGGUGACGUUAUCGAAAAUUGACGUCGAUAUUGACCGCACAAUGGACGGCGGUAUGAUUCACUGUUGCGCGCAGGUGGUUGGAAUGGCCGACGUCUGCGAUUCCACAAACCUUACAAUAUAUUAUGCUCCGCUGAUCGUUCAGCCGCUUACCGACGUAGUAUACGCCUACCGAGGUGACAACGUGUCUCUCACGUGCAUCGUGGACGCUAACCCCGAACCCUUGAUCAAGUGGGAAAACAGCACAGAACCACGUCCCCAGGUGGAAAAAGAAACCAGUACUUCAGGAUACAAACAUGUGCUUCCCCUCACCGCGCCGUCGGACGGGGACAAUUACACGUGCCUUACGUGGCCUGACAAUCCUGAAACCUCUUCAGACCAGGGAGCGAGCAGGCAAGUCACCAUACGACUUAUAGAAAAACCUCUCACACCGAAGCCGAUUAUAGAACAGAGCUCGAACUCGAAUGUGACUAUUUAUAUCUCGGCCAGUGCUCCACAACCUAGGAUGCCAAGGACCUUCUACGUUAUGUUUGCCCUUAGUAACGGGGACUGGAUGCAGUUUGAUAAACCCAUACCGGAUAUCCGGGAAGGCGAGAGCGCUACCGUCAGGUCGUACACUCUGCCGUUGGGCUCCCUGGCAAACAACACUGAGUACCGGUUCGCCGUCAAGUCAGUGGACAGCUAUGAGCUGGUCAGUAUGUCCGAGACGGUCUACUUCACCACGGCCGAAUCUUCAGGACCGAGUUGCAGCGAUACGUACGUGAGCAAGGACACCUACGACAUAGCUAUACUCAUCUCUGUGUUCGUGACAGCUGGUGUGUUUCUCAUUAUCAUUAACGCCAUCGGGUAUGCAAUAAGGAGCGGAAAAUGUACGUAAUGUGAGGGACAAUAACAGUGGGUGUAAGCUGAAGUCCAGGGAACGCUUUGUGGUUUCCACGGUUAUCAGAUAUACAGAAAGAAGACUUAACAUCGCUGUGUUAUGCUACGUUUGUCCUAACGCGAUAUAUAUGUGUUGAACGUUUGUUUAAAGAUCUUCAAAGAUCUUCAUCUUUUUAACAUCUUCAAAUGCUAUUCGAUGAUUUUAUUGUAUGAAUAAUUGUCGCCGAGGAUUAAGUUAAUCAAAACAAACAAAAUUAAGCAAAUAUUGACAGUUUCCUUAGCAAAGCUAACUUGCUAGUAUUUAAACAUAAUGUGUGCAGUGCGUGUAGACGAUAAUCAAACUUAUCAUUUAAACUUCAUGUACAUAUUUCAACGUAUAUCAUUAAAACUGAUUAUCGUGGUUUAUGACAAUCUUUAUAUUGUUACAGAGAUUCGUGUUAAUUGUGUUUCCAUUUAUUGAGAGUUCUUAUUUUUAUUAAUGUAAAAUAAAAAACAUUAAUUAUAUAUAUAGACGUUACAAAUGAUGUACAGGCGUGGAAUCAUUUCAUUUAUUGAUAAUUGAAAAAGACAAAAACAGAAAAUUAAACGUGGCUAAUGCUAUGACGUUAUUUCCGUAAAUUAUAAUAUUGGAAAGCCAAUAAUCACUUUAGAUAUUGUGUUACAUAGUUUUUAAAACUCAUAAUAAACAAACUCAAAGUCCUUUUCAAUGUUCAUAACGAUUUAUUUAUAUUUAUUUAAUUUCAACACAACGGUUUCCAAAAAUAUUCUAAACUAAAACUUAAAUGUAUCGGCCUAUUGGCCCCAUGACAGUAACAAAUCGUGCGACCGUUAUGUGCGGCUGUGUGCGUCAAUCUCUUACUACCCUCUACUGAAGAACAGUGUAUUAAUAUAGAUUGGAACACCCAAUGCUGACAUGUCAAUUUCCGACGGGAUCUUGUGCAAAAUCACAUGCCCAAGACAAAUAAGGAAGUCCGCUAUUUGCAUGAAACAUCAUACAACAUUCAGGCUGCCGGUUGCGUACCUAGACGUGUUUGGAUCAUUGUAUUUUUUAUCGGUAACGAAGUUUAUUUAAAUAUUUCUUGCGUGAACGUUAUUUAUAUGUGAUUUGUAAUUACAAUAAUCUAGACUUGUAUUUUAUUUCAUAUUAAAAUCACCGCAUUAUGUACAUGAUUCGUUCCCAAUAUUAUUUUAUAAGAGAAAAUAUAUGUUGAUAGAAAA